AUGGUGAAACAGGGUAUAGUGUUAGGUCAUAUUGUAUCUAAAGACGGAAUUUUCGUAGACCCGGCUAAGAUUGAUGUCAUUUCGAGUUUACCUUACUCCUCCUCGGUGAGGAAGAUUCGUUCCUUUCUUGGCCACGCAGGUUUUUAUCGCAGGUUCAUCAAGAAUUUUAGCCAAGUCGCCCUACCCCUUUCCCGCUUACUUCAAAAGUAUGUGGAAUUCAAUUUUGAUGAGGAUUGCAAAAAGGCUUUUCACAAGUUGAAGGAAGCUUUGACUACAGCUGCUAUUGUGCGAGGCUCAGAUUGGGAUCAACCUAUCGAGAUCAUGUGUGAUACCUCGAAUCACGUCGUAGGUGCCGCGCUAGCACAACACGAUGGCUCCAAGGUAGUGGUGUAUUCGGACCAUGCCGCCUUGAAAUAUUUGCUAAAAAAGAAAGAGCCAAAGCCUAGGCUCAUUAGGUGGAUAUUACUCUUGCAAGAAUUUGACUUGGAGAUCAGAGAUAGAAGUGGGUCCCAAAAUUUGGUAGCAGACCAUUUGAGUCGGUUUCAACAUUUAGCUUUGGAUCCCACUCCUAUCAAUGACUCAUUUUCCUUCGAUACCUUGCAAGCAAUAUCCCAAAGCACCCCUUGGAUUGCCCCGAUUGCUAAUUACUUGGUCGCCCGCAUUUUUCCCCCACAAUUUUCAAAGCACCAAAAAGAUAAAUUGAGAAGCGAUGCUAAGUAUUAUCUUUGGGAUGAUCCACAUCUGUGGAGGAAAAUUGAGGCAUUGAUGAAAAAGUACGGGGUCAUCCACAAGGUCUCCACAGCCUAUCAUCCUCAAACCAAUGGGCAAGCAGAAGUGUCCAACAGGGAGAUCAAGAGGAUCUUGGAGAAAGUGGUUAAUCCACAAAGAAAGGAUUGGAGUUCCAGAUUGGGAGAUGCACUAUGGGCAUAUAGGACCGCUUACAAAACCCCAAUCGGGAUGAGUCCCUUUCCUAUUGUUUUUGAGAAGCCUUGUCAUCUUCCUCUUGAAAUCCAACAUAGAGCCUAUUGGGCGGUGAAGAAUUGCAAUCCAGAUUUAAAGGGAGCAGAAAUAGAACGUAAGCUCCAAUUGGAGGAAUUAGAGUGUCUUAGGCUAGAAGCAUAUGAGAAUGCUCAGUUUUACAAGGAGAAAGCCAAGACAUUCCAUGACCAAAAUAUCAGGAGGAAGAGUUUUAAGAUAGGUGAUGAAGUGCUUGUGUACAAUUCGAGGUUGCAAUUGAUGCCCAGAAAGUUGAGAUCUAGAUGGGACGGUCCAUUCAAGGUGGUGGAUGUCAAGCCUUAUGGAGUGGUGGAAGUGAUUCACCUAUCAAUGGGAUCAAGUUUAAAAUCAAUGGUCAUAAGGAUGCGAAAGAAGGGUAAGGCACCGGUUACUUCACUGGUUGAGCAAACUACCACUCAUACUCAUGAUAUUUGGUGGCAUCACCGAGGUGAUAAACCGAAUACCUUGGUUAACCGAAGAGCUGACUCUAAAUACGAGGCUAUUGAGAAGCGUAAAAUCUAUUGGGAGCGGUCGUUGAAGGUUCCAAGCCAGUACAAGGCAACUAUUCAUCAAAGAAUUGCCUCGCUUCAUUGGAAAUUUCUCGAGCAAGAACCCAUUGAAGUCAAUGAAACUAUGGUGCGGAAAUUCUAUGCGAACUACCAAGCUUGGGAAGCAAAGUCAGUAUUCCUCUGGGGAAAGAUGUUGGAUACGUCCAAUCAAGCUCUAGAAGCUAUUCUAAACAUCCCCCACAUACCGCUUGAGAAAGAUGAUUACUUCAAGAUAAAAGUGGAUAUAUUCAAAGGAAGAAUAUCUCUGACUCCCAUUCUUUAG